AUGAUAUUUCCGAGGCGGAUUCAUUUUUGUAUUAGUGGUUUGGCUUGCAUCGCGGCACUACUAUGCAGCAUAUCGCAUGCCAGCAUGAAGUCUUACCGAUCUGCAUCGCGUCAGAUACCACCAGAGUCUAUUGCAAUCGUUUCCUUCUUCGCGCCUGACCCGCGAGCAGUGCAACAUGGCAUGUCUACGAUGACGAAUUGGCUAGGCCACGCAGCAGUGCGGAACCAUGGCAGAUACGCACUUCAGCACGGGUAUUUGCAGCUGACCACGGAGCAGUGCCUUGGAGAUCCGAGCGGGCUGGAUCACAUCACGCCGCGGCCUUGGGCAAAGGUAUUUCUGCUGUCUGCGUGCGUUGAGCGUUACCAGACAGUGCAAUAUUUCCUGUGGUUGGAUGCGGAUGUAUUAAUCACCAAUAUAUGGAAGCCAGUAUCCGAGAUCUUGGCUGACACCAGCGUCGAGAACCGCAACUGCUCAAUAGUGGUCGCUAAAGACCGCCGUCUUUUUAACACUGGAGUGAUCUUGUUGCGAACUGACGAAGGAAGUACGGGCAUGCUGAACGCUCUAAUGUCUUCGUACCUCAGUGGGGACUACCGCCACGCUUACUGCUGCUGGGAGCAGGACGCGAUGCGAAGCCUGAUCGAGAACUCCACCGCGCACCCCUGGCGACUUGCAGAUCUGCUCCUAGACGCGGCAGCGGGCAUAGAGCCGCUGCAGGCGGUGGUCAUGCCCGUCCAGCGAGGCCCCCUCUGCGUCGUUCGCCGGAGGGCCCUGCAGAGCUUCCUGAAGUGGGACGAGUACCGGAGCGGUGAUUUUGCCAUCCAUGCGACCUGCGCAGAUGACGUGCGACACAAGGCUCAGCUUCUCCAGAUCUUGCACCAGGAGAGCGUCGAUACCGCUGGUAUCCCGCCGUGA